UGGUUCUCGGUCUUGUCUAUCCAAACUCGGCUGAUCUGUUGUUUUGAAGGUUGAGUCAUCGUGGAUUUUCCCCUCCCGUUCUUGUACAGAAACGAUACAGUGGACUACUUUCACUGGUCAAGCUAGUGCGAGCUAAGUAUUCGGCUUGGUCACACAGCGUAGCCUGCUCAUUCAUUCCGGGAAAGGUGAGAACGGCCAGACAGUUCGUUUGGCGGUUUUCUUUGGAUCACUACUAUAACGUUACUGUUAAUUGAAUGGACGUACAUCAGUUUAUAGUGGGUGAGGAUAGAUUUUCUGCAACGUUUUCGUAACGUUAUCAUUUGACGCCAAAAAGUUAUCGCUCGCGAUACAAAGGUAUCCAACAUUAGCUAACGCUGCCGUUAGUUCGUUAGCAAGACAUCUGAAGAUUCACAUAAUAAUUUGACUUUCGGUUGCUAACAGCCUUUCGUCCUUUAUUUUGUGCAUAGCCGAUAUCGCUAACUUCAGCUCACGUUGACGUUAGUUUGGUAAGAAUAUAAUAAGUUAGUUGCAAGCAAGUUCGUCAUCCUAACAGCUUAGUAGGCGUAAUAUUAGCAUCAAAACAGUAACGUUAACGACAAAGCUAGCUGUACCACGUCGACUUGUUCUCCUCCAAAGUCAACCUAGGAUCAAAGUUUCCGGCGGAGACAUGUCUGCCCUCUCUGCCUCAGAACAGAAGGGUGAAGAAAAUGGAAAAGUGGAAUUUUAUCAAAACGCCAAUCAACUCAUGUUAUCGGGACACCGGGUGCCCCAUGAGCAACCCCAGACAGUGUUCGUGAUUCUCGACUCUGAUGCAGAGGCUAUGAACUUGAUCAGUUUGGAGCCUGUCCUUCCUGAAUCUGGCAUAGUCGCUGACAUAGAAGUCGAAGGCAUUAUUGCGUCUGCUUCGGACACCUUCUAUCAACUGAAGAGUCAGCCCAUUUCUCUCAGUGCCUCAGUGACCCCGGCCGACCCGGCGCCGUCUCUCAGCACCACCAUGACGUCGCGGGUGCUGAUGCGGCAGGAGCUGAUGCGGCAGCAGGCGCAAGACCAAGAGCGGCGUGAGGCCCAGCAGCAGGCCAACAGCGCCCAGCUCCGGUCCGCCAACGACACUACGCCCGCCAUCUCCAUGGCGACCAUGCUCCCCGCCGCCAGAGCCGCCCCGGCACAGGUGCCCGUGGAGGUGCUGAAGGUGCAGACUCACCUGGAGAACCCCACCAGGUACCACAUCCAGCAGGCCCAGCGUCAGCAGGUGAAGGAGUACCUGUCCCACACGCUGGGCAACAACGUGGCCAGUCAGCAGCUUGGCAACUCCCCCUCGACUCUCUCUGGCUCUGCCCCGGAACUGGCCCCGGCAGCCAAUAGCACGCCCAGCAGCCCCAUGGCCGUGCUCAGUCUCAGCUCCAACAAAGAAGAGAUUGAAGACGUCAUUGAGGACAUCAUCAGCUUGGAGUCCAGUCUGAACGAUGACCCCUUCAUCACACUGAUUGAUUCCAACUUGCAGCUCGCCAACACGCUGCCAGUCUCGGGCAACCUCCUGGAUGUGUACAGCAGUGCUGGGAUGGCCACGCAGACCAUCACCGUCAGCAACUCCUGCCCUGCCAACCUGCACAACGUCAAGAGGGAGCUUACCGAUGCAGAGGCCAAAGCACUUAUGAAGGAAAGGCAGAAAAAGGACAACCACAACCUCAUUGAGCGCCGGAGACGGUUUAACAUCAAUGACCGCAUCAAGGAGCUGGGUGCGCUCAUCCCCAAGACAAGCGACCCCAUGGCGUACCUGUUGACGCCCACAUCCCUGGGGGACAGGGAUAUGCGCUGGAACAAGGGCACCAUUCUGAAGGCGUCGGUGGACUACAUCCGCAAGCUGCAGAAGGACCAGCAGCGUGCCAAGGAGAUGGAGAUGAGGCAGAAGAAGCUGGAGCACCACAACCGCAGCCUGCUGCUCCGCAUCCAGGAACUGGAGAUGCAGGCCCGUCUCCACGGCCUCGCCGCCUCCGCUGCCCAGAGCUCCGAGUUCUUGCUGACUCAGCAGCAGCAGACAGCGGCGACUCUGGAAGCGGCGGGGGCCGACUGCCUCUCCAAGAGCCUGCUCAGCCUGGGCGGGGGGUCAGCGCUGGGCCAGUCGGCCGCCUCCUCCUUCCUGUCGGAGGCCUCGGCGUCCAUCGCCUCCCCGGGAGCCCUGGGCAGCGCGCUGGAUCUGGGCACGCUCACCUUCGCCGAGCUCGGCGACGACUCGGCCGGCUCCAUCUUCAGCCCGGCGCUCAUGGCCGAGAUGGGCCUGGGGGACAUCCUGAUGGACGACGGCAGCAGCGGCAGCGCCAUCGGUGCCCUGUCGCCAGUAGGGGGCGCCGACCCACUCCUCUCGUCCGUCUCGCCGGGCGCCUCCAAGACCAGCAGCCGCAGGAGCAGCUUCAGCAUGGACGAGGACUUGUGACGGACGACUGGGGCAUAGCAGUGACGUUGAGUGAGACACAAACUCAGAAUCGUGAGGCUCUGGAAGCCAUCCUCCCUUUCCCUGGGGACGUCAUGGGAGACACCAUGCUCAGACGUCCACUGUCAUAUUGAGUUUUCGGGCCAACUGUAGCGUAGUGCUUUGGCAAUGUGGACCUUCUGGCAUCUUCUGAUAGUACUGUGUUUUAGCAGAGCUGUCCCCCUCCCUCUCCCCCUGGGUCCCUUCUUCUCCACACGGCUCCUUCUCUCCCUGCCCCGACGUAGGCCCUGGAGAUCGUCUAUCGGCCCUUCAGAGCCGCUCCAUAGCCACAAUGCCUAGCAUUUCUAGCGACGUGUGCACGAGGCGGUUUUGUUUUAGUGGGAACAGGUUCAAACCGUUCAUGAACAAUGCAAUGCAAUCUUUUUUUUUUUCUUUUUUUUUUUUUAACCUUUUAGGUUUCUCAGUCAUUGACAAUAACUAUAUGUGAUACAGAUUUGAUGUACAUAGACCACAGGAUUAGGGACAGAAAGCCCCUUUAAUCAUGCUCUUCUCAUGUCACUGUACAGCUUUCAAAAUAGGUCUGAGCUCCCUGUUCACUGUAUACACAAGCCAAUGAUUUGGAUACUUCUGUCUCCACUCUGUUUUAGAAAACAUGGAGACGGAGCAGAAUAUCUGAUACAAUAAUGGGUUCUGACAGAGCGUCAGGCAUUGCAUUUAUAUCAUCUACAACCUAGAGGGUUUUUUUUUUUUUAAAUCAUCAUGAUGAAAAUAGAGCUGCUUUCUUUUGCUGAGAAAGCCACCCAACAUGAAAGGGAUCGAUCAGCAUUCGAGAUUUAUAGCACACAUACACACAGCAGUCUUCUCAAAACAAGCCUUUUUUAAGCCAUCUGUGAAUGAGGUAAAUGAUGGUCUGCUCUGGGUCAGAGGAAGAGGUAGGUGUAGAAUGCUCAGGAAAAAAAAGAACAGAAAAGAUGUUUUUCCCCAUUUUCUCCUUUUUUUUAGUCUGCUGGGAAUUUUUUGUGUGUGUCUGUCUUUCCUGUGGAUUUUGCUGGAGCCGAGAGGCGGUGAUGGCAAAGCAGAGAAGCCAGUUUCCUGUGUGUGUGUGUGUGUGUGUGUGUGUGUGUGUGUGUGUGUGUGUGUGUGUGUGGGGUUUACACAUGAGGGAGGAUGUAAGUAAAAAGAGCUGUAGAACAUCUUGCAUAACAGACCCUCAGAGUUGUCAGACCGUGUCAUUUUGUAGUUAAGAUGGCCUUUGUAAUAUCAUUUGUCUUUGUAAUAUUCUCUGUGUUGUUUUUACAUAGUAUAUUUUCUUAACCCCUCAAUCUGUAAAUGGAGGUUAUUCAUUAAUUCACUCAUUGAUGGCAUAGACGAGAUUAGGUGGAAGAUUUUUUACCUUGCUACUAAUCUCGGUAUGGCCCAUUGGUAUGUGUGUAGAACUCCGCAAUUGACCGAAUCCUUUAUUUCCUGUCUGGCAUAAACGCAUAUUUUGAUUCAGGUCAUGCAAAGCAUCCAAAUUCCCCUCCGACACAGCACCUAAAUGAAAAAUCUGUUUUGUGCAGCGGUGCCCCUUUAUGAGUGUCAAUCAUGCCCCCGCGCAUAAUCCUGUCUUAUAAUGUUUGUGUAGAGCCGCCACGUUCUGCGUCAGAGCUGAGUUCCUGUCAAAUGCGUCAAAUUCCAGUCUGCAAAGCUGCUGUAAGCAGUUCCUGGUAACUUCAACCAGACCAGGCGGGGGAGUCCACACUUUGCUCUCUGUGUGCUGUGCUCAUGUUAAAUAAUUGGCAGGCAAGUCUUCUGUGUGCUUUCCAGAGUUGCACAGACUUCUUAAAUUGCUCAGGAGAGUCCCCCAUAGCGUUACGUUUCUCGUUGGCUCUCGCAAUGUAAGGAUAUCUAGCACGAUGAGGCUGCUGUAAAAAAUGCUGUUUAUGGUAGUUUACUUGCUGCGUAUCCAGUUCAAUCAUUCCUCUUUGCUUUCUCUUGUACAGAUGUCGCCCCUCCAUGCAUGUUUUCUGCAUAGCAGCUCUAACAGAAAUAGUCAUGUAACAUAACACUGGUGUUGCAUGGCCCUGACUAAGACAGCAUCUGGAGAGUUGUGUCCAACUCCCAUGAUGCCUUAUAUUUGGCCUUAACAAAGGGAUAACAGACUUUACUCGUUAGUGGUGUAAAUGGUGCUGAUUUUUGUGUCUGUGUCACUCUUUGAGUUGAUCAACUGUUUUAUCAUUCCGUUGGGUGUAUGUUGCUAUUUGUGUACACUCUUAAUUUAUACAUCAUGGGUUUUUUUAGGCAGAAAGAAAAUUCCAAUGAGUUUUUCCAAGUGGGCUUUUAGAACGACCAGUAGAUUACUCUUGAGAGAGAAAAUACUUUUGUUUUGUCGAUGCCACAACAGCAACACACAGAUCAUGUAGGGGACACUGACAGCAUGGCCCACGCCAAAUCCCCCAGGAUCCCCUGUUUUUGCAGAAAUCACUCAGCUAAAUGAAGGAGAAACCUUCAGUGUUCAAUCUUCACUGUCAAAGAGUCCAAUGUUACCUGGUCAACACAUUAGGACAGCUAGAUGUUCUGUUCUGUUCUCAGCUGUUUGUUCAUACUGUACAUGGCUUGUUUGUGUAUGUUUGAACCUAGUAUCUGAUUGUGUGUCAAGCAAUAUGACUGGAGGACAAGAGUAGCCAACACUUUUAUGUGUCGUUGUGACAGCACUUGUAAAGACAAUUACUUUUAAAAAAAUUCUCCCAAUAAUAUUUACAAAUAAAAGUAUUUUUAUUCAAUUUUUAGUUCAUCACAAAAUGCCAUUAUCUACUGAAAGUGAAUUAUACAAGUCAAUAAUUAAUUGUGAACCAUAUACAUAUCUAUCUACAUAUAUAUGAAUAUAAUAAUCAUAGUUUGUUAGAAAGUUUAUUUUCUUUAAUACUGUUUCAUUGUGUAGACAAAAGUCUAUGAAAAACUUGUCGAGAGAUUUUUUAAUAAUAGUUUUAUGAGCAGUGAGGUUCUAAUAGAUUAAAUGCAGGACAUUUCAGUGGAACCCGUGUAGCAUAAGGGAAUGCCUUGUGUGUGGGUCGCACGUGUGUGUAUGCAGCUGUGAGUGAGUCCUGUCCCGGGGUUAAGUUCUGACCGUGGCCAGUUUCUGUGCUGUAGGCCGAGUUCACCCACUCAAACGCAAACAUGAUGAUGUCAUUGGCACAGCCUCUGUGUUGUGGCUGCCCUGCCUGCCUGCCUUGCCUAACCCUACCCUGCACAUUCAGCAUGGUGGUUAAAGUGGUAUGUCUCCAAAAAGAUAAAAGACAUGUGUGCAAGUUCCUAUGCAACUGUUGUGAACUGUGAUGUGUGAAGUGUUUGUGCAGUCGCGAUCAAGUCACCAUAUAUUUGCUGCAGACACAUCUUAGUAUCUUUAGCAGUUUUUCAUGGCACAUACUGUGGACACCCUGUCAGAAUAUUCAGUGUUGUUACGAAUACCCUUAAGUGAGGCAUUUACAAUGAAGUGUGAGGUUUCAUGAAUUAUUCUUCAACCAUGGUUUUUUGAGAGAAAGUACAAUAAUCAAUUGAAAACAAACAUUUUGUGGCAUUUUCCCCCCACGAGACAUUUAAAAAAUGUUCGAGACACCUUCUAUGUGUAAAAUAUUUGUAUGUCCUGGCUGUAAUGUGCAAUUAAUGUGUACUACAACGGAAAAAAGAAAUAAUCUUACCUUCAUCAUAUACACUAGACAUGUGAUCAGGACUGUAGUGGAGCCAUAUGAUACAUGGUAAUGUUUACUUUACUUCUCUUUUGAGUUGUAUUUUAUGAUAAUCAUAUGCAGUGCACAAGUGAGACCUCGCUGAGACGUGAAAGGGAAAUUUUGAUGUCUUCUGUCUAUCGUGUUAUCGUUCUUCUCACUUCUGCUUAGGGCUGAGGAGUGCGGGUGCUGUCAUAGGCUGUUAGCACCACAGCUACGUGAUGGCGAUUUUCAAUUCCCUUUGUUUUAGUCACUGACUGGGUAUGUUAUUUUUUACCUUUUACGUAAAAUAUCUAUUAAAAGUGAUUUAAAAACUUUC